AUCUCCUAGAUGAAAUAAAUCAAUUAAUUUUUAGAUUAAGUCAGCAAAAUAUUUAUAUAGAGUUUAUCUGGGUUCCAGCACAUGUGGGUAUUGAGGGAAACGAAAAGGUAGAUAAAUUAGCAAAAGAAGCUCUAAAGGCAGAUCAAGUAGAAAUAAAAGUACCAUUAAGCAAGUCAGAAGUUAAAGUUAUUAUUAAAGAUAAUAUAAACAGAAGGUGGCAGGAUAAAUGGGAUCAGGAGAAGAAAGGGAGACAUUUAUAUAGAAUUCAAAAAGAGGUAAUAGUUAAAAAAUACAGUGGGUUGAGUAGGCAGGAGGAAAAUAUGAUCACAAGACUUAGAAUAGGGCACACAAGUUUAAAUGGCUGUUUAAAAAUAAUAGGUAAACAUGAAACUGGAUUAUGUACACAUUGUGGAGAGGAAGAGAAUGUAGAACACAUACUUCUAAUAUGUAGAGAAUAUUCUGAAAGAAGGAAAGAACUAGAAAAGGCAGCAAAGAAUGUAUUGUGUUUAAAAAACUUAUUAGGUGAUCAAUCUUUAAUUAAAGUUGUAAUCAUGUUUUUGAAAGAAACUCAACUCGCAAACAGGAUAUAGAAUAGUAAGAAACAUCAGUUCCCCAUUUAGUUAACUUUAGUUGUAUAAAAUUAUUUAUUUAUAUCCCCCCUUUUUUUUUUUUUUUUUUUUUUUUCACCUAGAGUAACAUAAUUGAUUUCCCAAGGAGUUCACACCUCAGUACAGAAGAUGGCGGUAAUGCACACUGUUUGCAAACUGCCAGUAAAAACUACUGAAGAAGAAGAAGAAGAAGAUGGCGCCGUUACUGGAAGCUAGUUAUGAUAGUUUAUGAAGUUUAAAACCUGGAUAUUUUUCUUACAAAAUUGCAUUGAUUACGCACAAAAGACAUUUAUUAACACAUUGAAGACGUGUGGAUUAUCUGUGAAGGAUGGAUGCACUUUUUUGGGGUCAGAAGUUGUUUCCUGAUCCCUGUUUUCUACCAUUAUAAAGUCACACAUGCAUACAAUACAACCUUUAAGAAAAUAAAGUGACACCGCCAACAAUUUAAAGCUGGGCAACACUAUUAAAAAAGUGCAGGUAAAUGUUGUCCAUGUAUGUACAAUAUCCCAUGAAACAUAUGUCAGUUUUGUUAUAUUGAUUUGGGACCGACAGCAACCAUGUAGGGAUUGACUUCAUCUCUUCACAGGUCAUGGGUCACUUGAAGACAUCUAAACACAUUAAACCAUAUAAAGACAAAUGGUUUAAGUUAAUUCAGUCUGAUUCUCAUGUUUAAAUCAUUUUAAAAUCUGUUUUCCAUUUCUCUUUAGGACUUCUGGAGAGAUUAGUUGCACGUGUUACACGUUUCUUUUCAGCAACAUCAUCAACUUGAUAUUGACCCAUGGAUUUUGUAUGUAGAUAGGAAAUUGUAUUUCUCAAUGCUGUGCAUGUAACCAAACCAUUAACCGAGCUCCAAUUCAGAAUUACACUCACAGAUGUCUCCAGCAGUGGUUCAAGUGGAAAGACAAAGUCUAAGUGGACGUCCAAGGACUGUAAUACCUAUAGGGCACAUCGUCUAUCUACUAAAAAUCGGACUUCCUGUCAAAACUAUUUCUCAGUUGCUGGGAGUUUCUCGAGCGACACUCUUUAGGAGACUGACAGAGAACAACCUAACGGUUCGAGGACUGUACAGUAGCUGCACCGAUGAGGAACUCGAUCAACUUGUUUCCAAAGUAAAGGAAAUGAUGCCGCAUGCAGGUUACAGGUUGAUUAAAGAAGCACUGAAAGCACAAGGUUACCGACUACAGUGGAACAGAGUACAAGCAGCAAUACAGCGAGUAGAAAGUGUUGGGAUUCACUCAAGAAAGACGACUCAGUUGGAAACAAACUCGGUGCCGAGCCCAAUGUAUUUAGUACAUAUAGACACAAACCAUAAACUUGUCAGGUACAAUAUUGUAAUCUUUGCAGGCAUUGAUGUCUUUUCACGUAAGAUAAUGUACCUGAGAGCUGCAGACAACAACCGAUCUGACACAACCCUGUCUUUCUUCAGUCAGGCUGUUAAGAAAUUUGGAUGCCCACUAAAAGUUCAAGCUAAUCAUGGAGGAGAAAAUGUUGGUGUGGCUCGGUUGAUGUUUACUGCACGCGGAUCAGACAGUAACUGCUUUAUAGCAGACAAAAGUGUCCACAGUCACAGAUUAGAGAGCCUCUGGCGUGAUCUCUGGAUAGGGGUCACUAGCUUAUUCUACCAUAUUUUACACACACUAGAGGAACAGGACAUGCUGAAUCUGAGCAGCGCUCUUCAAUUAUUUUGCUGCCAUUUUGUGAUUUUGCCCCGACUGCAAGCAAACCUAGAUUUGUUUCAUGAGAGAUGGGAUAACCACCCACUGACAACGGAGCAAAACCUCACACCAAACCAGCUGUGGGAAAUCGGGCAGAUGGAAAAUCACAUUGCCAAUUCAGAGGAGAUGACCAUUCCUGAUAUCAAAAGAGAGGACAGUGGAUCUAUCGAAGAUAAACACACGGCGAUGAAUGAUCCACAGUUUAAAGGGCCUAUAAGUCCUGAACAUAUGGAGCAGUUAAGACAACAUAUUAAUCCUUUACAACCAUCCAAGUACAAUGGCAUGGACAUUUAUAUGACCACAGUCCAGUUUGUGCAAAAUCUGCAUACUGAAAAGUAGAUCUCAUUUCAUUAUUUUUAAACUGUUUCACUUUUUUACUACUAGAUGUCAUCAAAUAAGCAUCAUCUCCUGUUUAAUCUUUUUUAUUGAACACAUUACAAUGAACAUUAAGUCCUUAAAUCAGAAUAUUACUGCGUACAAAGCUAGCAAAGGACAAAGUUGCACAAAGUAACUAAAACAGUAACUACCGUAAAUUUCAUUUAUAAACCCACCCUUUACAGACUGUAGACAUGUCAUCAUGUCUGCUGUUAAAGCUGAGAAAGGUGUAUAACAACAAGUAUGCUUUUUGUUUUGGUUGACUCUACUUGACAAGGUUAACUUUGCACAACUUUCCAACAUCUUUAUUGUUAUAAUGAGUUUUAUAAACACUGAUUGUAAUGUUAUGACUUUUACCUGUGAGUAAAUAAAUAUCACCUCCAUCUGACAUGUGCUUAACGUUGUAUGAGAUGUACCUUGACAAAUGCUGUUUGUUUGCUGAAAUUUGUUAUAAAGCUUGUAAUAAAGUGACAUAAAUAUG